AUCUUUGAUUUCUAACGGGAAUUAAAGUGAAGCUGUGAGGGAUAGACAGACAUUUCUUCAGUGGGUUGUUCUGUUAUUUAAUGUGUUUUUGGAUUGUUUUGCUUACGAAUCACACAACAUGAGCUAUGUAAAAUUAUAAGUGAUCUAGGAGCGUACAGCUUUUACCCUGGAUGCCUUUGAAAACACGACAUGUCUAAGCUGGAGAAAGCCAUUGUGGCCAUAGUGGAGGUGUUUGAGGAGUAUGCAGGAACAGAUGAACAAAAGUCCCAGCUCAGUAAUGCUGAACUCGGACAGCUUAUUAAAGCCCAACUGACCAGUCCUGAAUUUAAGGAUAAAGUGGAUCCAGAGAAUAUUAAGGAGGUCAUGGAAGAACUGGAUAAGAACCAUGAUGGAGAAGUGAACUUCCGUGAAUUCAGUCAGUGUAUUGCUGGUCUUGCCAGGGCCUACUAUAUGAAAAAGCACGGCAAGGAAAAGUGUAGGGGAAGGGGCAGAGGGUGUCAGGAUAAGUGAACACACACGUCCUUCACACACUCUCCUCACAUGCCUCUUAUAAGGUCCCAAAGUACAGUUAAACCAAAAUUUAUUCAGACACCUUGAACAUUUCAUUUAUUAAUACAGUUUAUUCACUAUAGUUUAAAAAAAUGGUAAUAAAAUAUGACAAGAUCUCGGAGUUAAACUUUGUCAGAAAAAAAAUUAUCUUAAUUAUGUCAGCUAACACUUAAGCAAAACAUGGUCAGGUCAAAGUGUCUGAAUAAUUUUUGGUUCCAAAUUUGUAUAAAUUUUACUGGUAGUCCACUGUAUGAAGAAUUUUUGGGUAUAAUAUGUCACAGUUUACUUUAUUUUGCUAUCCUCACUUACAUAAAUGAACUAUAGUGUCCUGCACACUAGUAAAAAUAUAUCAGAAAUGUAAUUUUUGGUUUGACUGUACCUCUCAGUGUCUCACACUGUUCUCUAUAAUGUUGCCAACAAUUUUAUAUGCUUUAAGACAGUAUGACACAGUAAAAAUGGUAUUGUGCAAAAUGUUUGUCUUUUUUAACAAACAGUAUUUACUUUACAGACGUUUUGCAAAAGUGUAAUUUAUAGUUCUGUGGACACUAAUAAAACCCUCUUGUGAUCA